AUGAUGGAACUGAAGACUGUCUUAGAUUUUGGAUUCUACAAGAUUAAUGACUUUGUCAAUCGGAACUUGGAUUCUGGAGUCUCAUCGCUAGUGGGAUUUCCGAUUUCAGUUUUGAGCUGUAUUCUAGAUUACAAAGCCCGCGACGGAUUUCCUUACAUGGAAAUGAUUACCCGGUAUGAACGGAGGAAGUUAUGUUGAGGGCUUGACAAGGAAAGAGAAAAGGCCAUUCAGCUCGCAAGACUGACAGACCAAUUGAAUUUUUGGUAUCCAUGGUAACGAGUUUGUCACCAUGGUAACUCUGUCCGAGCUCCUUUUUUUAUCUUUGCUUCUCAGCACGUGUUCUAAAGGGUAUGCCGGGAAAUGCAAUUGGCUUGGUCACUCAGGCUGGCGCGAAAAGAAAGAAAUAAAAAGAAAUGGAUUCUGUAUUUAUUGUAAAAUAAGAUUCCUUUCCUUUCGCUGGAAAAGAAAAUGCCAGACGAAGAAAGAGUGAGGACAAAACGGUUGGUAUCAUUGUUUUCUUUCUUCGUGUUAAGUGUCGUUUGUUUACUACUUUGUAGUUUCCAACUUCCAUCGUAAACUGCCGUGACAUUUCAUCUAUCUACCGCCAAACGUGGAAUUGAAUUUUGGUUUUUCCUUAGACGAAAGCUCGAAAAUAUUAUCACAAAACUCCACCAAGAGACGCCCCUGGGAACGGAAAUUCAAGAAGAAGGAGAAGAAAAGCUGGUAAGAUUUUUGUUUUGAUCUAAUGUGUUGCGUGAACACUUUCUUGUUCUCACAUGUGAAAAGGACUAUUUUGACGACACAGAUCUGUGACAAUUAAUAAAAGACUACCGGCUUGCGAUAUUUGCAUAUAAACACUCCAUUAACCCCUGCUUGACUUUACGGUUGUUAAACAAGUGACUUCCUUGUUUUUUUCCGUGCAUUAUAAUCGCCAAAUAACGCGGGUGUGUUGUGGGUUUUCGUUUAAAAAUGUUCCUGUUCAAAGGUUAAGCUUAGUUAUCCGAUUCUCAUUGCUGCUAGGUUACGUUUUAUGUAACCUCGUUUUUAAAACUUCCUAUGAUUUUGGUGGCGAUAUAAUUUAUUUUGGAGCGGAGUGAUAAGUGAACGUGGAAUAUAUGAUUUGUUUUGGUGUCAUAUAUUUCACUGAAAAUAAUGUUCGGUUUUAAAAUCUAAAUAUAGAAAUGACCAUGCCAAUUUCUCCAAAGUAUUUUGGAUGUACGGUGAAAACGAAUUAUUUAUCAAGAAAUAACGCUCAUCGGUUGGCAGGAUGGGUAUAAUACAUAAUUUUAAAAAAAUCGACUCCCCCAGUCGUACCCCAGGCUAUGCUUCUUUGCUUAAGGAGGGCAUUUAUUACAUUCUGGAUGCCCUCCCAGGGUCUGGGAACUUUACUCCAGUAUGUCUCUCGUCACCCAGGUGUAUAAAUGGGUACCAGCGACAUACUGCUGGGAGGUAACCCUGCGAUGAACAAGCAUCUUGUCCAGGGGGGAGUAGCAAUAUUCCCAGGCAUGCAUCAUACUCAGGAAACCGGGAUAAGCUCCGGACAUUUGGGUCCUUUGGCUCAUGUGUGCUUUUACCUUUUGUUUAUAAAAAGUAGUACAAAACAGUAACAAUUGUGAAUUGAACUUGAAUGGAACAGCUGUAAAUAAACACUGAUCUUAUAAACACUGUAGGGGAAGUAUGUGGUGAACUUUGGCAUGAUUAUUUUGUAGCUAGAAUAUUCCUACUUUCCACAGAAAUUGGGUGUGGGUCACUUUGGUAAUGUGGUUGUGAUGACAGGGUGAAUAGUGCAAUAUUCACAAGGUUUUCUUUUCAAAAAAUAGCAGUAGUACAAGAGAAAACUCUUGCAUGUGUAAAGGUGCCAAAUAAUCUAUAAAUAAAUAAAUAAAUAAGUCAAAAAAAGAAAUAAAUAAAAUAAAAAACAUAUUUGUAGUUAAUUGAGGUGCGUACGUGCAAAUAUAUGGUCACUACACCCCUGCAUGAACUCUGAUCUGCUUUAUUCUUGUGACCACUUUGUUUUGUAAAGCGUUGUUAUGACAAGGAGGAAUUUGAUGCUGAUCGUUUUAAGGGCUUUUCAAAAAGGGUAAAAAGGAUAUUUUAUAUGGUCAGUUAUUUUAAAAACGUAUUGAAACAUAACGUGUUUGCGUUCGUGCAUAAUGGCCUUUUAAAUAUCAUAUUUCAGGAAACACACUCUCUGGUCCUUCCAUAGGACCAUUUUUAAACUAAUAAUAUUACAAUCUUCCCAAAACAUAUGUUCAUAAAAAUGCAUUUACCCCUUUUUGUAUGAUUUCUUUUGACUACAGGCUUAUAAACUAUAAAUGUAAAGACAAGCAUGGCUAAAGGGUCUUGUUUGGUUUGACUUUACUUUAUUUUUCCUCUCUGUACACGUCAAGGACUAUUUCUUUGACACUACGAGACACAUGUAUGUCUUCAAUUCCCUGACAUAACAGGUGCCUCUUCUUCCUCAUGUCAUAUGGCAUGCUCACUUAUUUGCCUUCGUGACAUGUUUUUUUGUGUGUGUGAAUUUCGUGUUACUUUGGAUUUGUUGUCACGUUUUAUUACAUUUCUUGAAUUGACAUGGCUAGAUUUUGUGUUUGAUAUUCCAUCAAUUCAUACUUGCGUUGUGUGUUAUUUGAAUUGCAUUGUUAGUAGUCAAUAAUUUUGAAUCGUCCAUUGGGUUAAAUAUUGGAAUUCAUGCUGUAAACAACACAUAGUGACAAAAUGCACACUUUCGCUCUUUAUCUACUUGCUAUAUUUUUAUUCUUUGCUUAAGUCAAUGUGUUUAUGACACGUUGUUGGAUAUAUUAUGCACUUAAUGUCUGUUCCCGAGGGAAACAGUUAGUUUUGUUUUCCCGAGAGUCCUGAUGUUUCCCGAGACCAGAUGGAGUCGAGGAAAACAUCAGGACUCCAGGGAAAACAAAACUAACUGGUUUCCCAAGGGGUUAGUGUUUUAUGUUUCUAGACUUUUACUUCAACAGCAACAAAAGAAUAACCAAAGCAAAUCAAAACAGUCGACUCGGUACUUACAAGAACACAAAUUUAAUAUACAAAACCACUAAAUGAAUGAUUUAGACAGUACUUUCCUUAUAUUAUCUGCAUUUAUUUGCACUGGGAUACCUUUGAAAAUUGUUUCUCUUUAGCUUGAGGCUUCAUGUUUGUGUUGUUGUGUUCAUUCACGAAAAAGGAAACUGGCAGUGUUUUUCCCACCUUCUAUAUGUGUAUAGAAGGUGGGAAAAACACUGCCAGUUCCACCUUGCUUUGAUCGCAUGCUGUAAUGUAUCCCGAGUGGGGUACAAUAUUUUUUGCUCAAAUGUAUCAUGAUCGGGAUACAUUUGAUUUUAGUCAAGACCAUGUGACCAAAAUCAACCAUUGGCAGUCCCUGUUUAGUUGAGUGAAAGUCUAGGAAUAUAACAAUAUAUGGUACACUGCUUAUAUUGUUGAAUAUUUUUUUGCAGACAUACAUGUAUUGACUCUUAAGGAGAAGUUAAGGUUGCAGAUAAUAUUAUUAUUAGUGGUUUUUCACAAGAUAUCCAACCACAUCAUGGUUUUUUAUCCCUUCUGUCUUUAACUCAGCGUGCAAAGAAAGUCGUGUCCGAUAGCCUGGGGCUAGUGGAUUUUGCUUUUGGGCUAGUGAAUUCUGUUCUUAACUUGCCCGACGGGCAAGUGAAUUUUUUGGGGAAAUUCAAAUUACAGAAGGAUGGUAAUCAAUCCUGCGAUCAAAAAGGGUUUUUGGGCUAGUUGAAAUGACUUGUGGGCUAGUACAUGCUAGCUGCAGCUUGCCCGAAUGGCAGGCUGUAAAACUGACUUUCUUUGCACCCUGUUAACUCUUGAAUUGUUGACGAGUUUUAGAAAAUUAACUAGAUUGGGUGCUUUUUUGUAGAUCGAGGCAGCAAAGGAAAAUGACCAAAUUAGCCCAAAAAAUGAACUAUUGCCAGGAUCGUCAAAACGGUAAGCUUAUAAAAUAGUCUAAGUGAUAACUAUUGCGUUGUUGUAACAAAAAAAACUGUUCUUAUUGGAUCUUUCAUGAUUAUAUUAAACUAAUUUUGAAUGUCAGCAUGUUUUGCUGUUAUAUACAAGUAUUAUUAUUGUUGUGCCUUUGUAUCACUCAACAAGGGCAUAGCCAGCCCACAGACAUGUAGGCCUGGGCCUACAAAUUGUUGGUUUGAUCACUCUAGCUCUAUUGCUUUUAAUAAAUUAUGCAUUGUUGGGGUGAGCUAAAAAGCUUAAGAGCUCAAAAUGUAGGUGAGGUUAGUGUGUACUAGUCAUGUCUGCAAUUUUCAGGAUAGUUAUGUGGAAAUGAAAGUCAGCCAGGCCUACCAUGGAGAGGAGAAGUUGUUAAGUCACGUUGCCAUGGUAGCAAAAUUUUUGGAUGACAACAAACCGAAAAUGUCCCUUAAAAAAUGAAUUCACACAGCUUCAAACUUCAUCGAUCUUAUUCAGUUUCAUUUAAUUAGGCAAAUGUUGGCGAAAUUUUCUCGGGUUGAAUCUGAAGGAACCUUAUCUAAGUUUAGAAAAGGAAAAAGUCAACUUUUGUGUUGUGUUCACCUACUCCAUAAAGCAAGCCUGUGAAAUUAGAAAGUUUCAUGUCGUAGGGGUGCAACGACAGCAAAAAAAUGUACAAAAAAGCGUGAUGCAUGGGGAAAUUUGUUGUUUUGUCAAUAAAAACCUUUUAGUUUUUUUUUCCUUUCUCCUUUUUUGGUUUUGUUGUCAUCCAGGAAUAGUGCUACCUUGAAUUCGCACAGCGUCAAACUUGAUUGAUCUUAUUCAAUUUCAUUUUUAUUUGGCAAAUGUUGGCAAAAUUUUCUUGGGUUGAAUCUGAAGGAACCUUAUCUAAGUUCAGAAAAGGAAAAAGACAACUUUUGUGUUGUGUUCACCUACUCCCUAAAGCAAGCAUGUGAAAUUAGGAAGUUUCAUGACUUAGGGGUAGAAUGACAGCAAAGAAAUGUACAUAAAAGCGUGGUGCAUGAGGAAAUUUGUUGUUUUGUCAAUAAAAACUUUUAGUUUUUUUUGCCAUUCUCCUUUUUGGUUUUGUUGUCAUCCAGGAAUAGUGCUACCAUGGUGAUGUGAUGUCAUACUUCUCCUCUCUAUUAGUCGAAAAGCUUUGCUAUGCCACUUCUCAAUGUGUAAAAAAUAUCAUAAUAAAGUAAUAACAAAAAUGAAGGAGGGAUUGGAAAGCCUGUAUUAAUUUGAAUUGUUUUUGGCCAUACAGGAAAUUGCACAGAGCAGUGAAACAUAAGCAUACUGAAGAAGGCACUCACCCUCAAGAGAAACCUCUAGUAACGGAUGACGAUGGUGAUCUGCAUUUCGCUGAGAAUGGCAUGGAAGUUGAGGAUGAGCAAGCAGUUCCCUGUAGUGGAGAAAGUGAUACAAACAAGGACAUACAGGAAGACUCUGUCCCAGUAGUUGUUAAGAAAGAACCUGAGGAAAAUAUUGAGAAUUCAUUAGAAGGGCUCCAACAGAUGCUUGGCUUUAGUAUUAGUGGUGAAGAGGUCAAACAAAGAGAAGGGGGUGGUGAAAAGAAGAAGAAGAAGAGGCUCCUGUCUGAAGGUUCUGAUGCAGAAGGUAAUGGUGAGGAAGUAUAGUGUUCUUUCCAAUAACUAACCUGAGAAAACAGCCAACCUUUUCGCCAAGCCACCAGGGUAGUUUCCCAAUCAAUUGACUUCCAAGGAACAAGCACAGAAAUUCCAUGCUGAUGAAGCAACACCCCCCAGAUCUUGGUAGUGCUUCUGAUUGGCUGAAAAUUGGCUUCAACCGAUCAGAAGUACCACCCAGAUCUUGGUAGUAAUGUAUCACCAGUAUGGAAUUUCUCUGCUCGUUCAUCAGGAAUUUUUUUUGUGGAAAACCGUUGGUGGGGAUUGCUAAAUGUCACCUGUUUUCUCGGACCAUCCAAUAACGAGGACUGUAUUGUGAAUUUUGACUACAAGUACACUGCACAAGUUUUUUGCUUUAGAUAAUAACUUUUUGUGUCUGUGUUUUUGAUUGUGCAUUUUGACAGUCAUACGGUGUUAAAUGAGAUGGUGAAAAUUUUGGAAGUUUGGUGGAUAGGCACUUCAUUAUUCUUGAGCUAUUCCUGUAACGCUGAAGGUAACGUUGCCUUUGAGUUUUUCCUCUUAAUUCAAGACAUGCCAUUUCAUUUUUAGUCCUUGCGUUGCCCAGGAGAGUGGAAUGUACAGCUUGUGGGAGGAAUGUGAAUCCUGCUCAUGGAACUAUUUGCAGGCACCCAUGUCUCAAUGUUCUGGUCUGCAAAGUAAGCAAGUUUCCUUUUACUUGUACAUUAGCACUCAAAAGUAAGUUACUACCCUCUCGGGAGUCGUGGAUUGUGUCACUUAUUAUGUUGUUCUUGUUGUGCGUUAUGGGAUUCCUGUUAUGCAGGACGGGAUUCUUGUAGCGUGUGACAUCGUAAAAACUCUAAGUAUCAGGUAAAAUCCUUGCACAAUUUUAAGAAUCUAUCUUUACGUUUUUUCUGGGAUCCACGACCUGUAGGCUGUUGAGCAUAAUAUGCCUUGGAAAGGAUCGACAACUAACAUGUCAGCAUUUUACAUCAGAAAUGUCACUAAGAUUUCAUGUAAAUACAACAAGACUUUAGUACGCAGGGAAUCAAACAGCUAGACAUUUGUUUGGGUUAUUUUUCUUCUAUUUUCCUGUGAAAGUAGCCGGGGGGGAUCCCUGGCCCGCGUGUUGUCCGUAUUAACCGGGUUCACUCUAUAUUGAGACAAACGAUAAACUAGGCCUGUCAUACGCUUAUUACAACUUCACUAUAACAAGAAUAUGUUUAUUAACCAGUGAUUAUACACUAUUUCAAUCUAGAUAUCCCUAUCUUUUUCUAGAAAUGCAGCCAGUACUACAACUCUGGGCCUUUUACCCGUGACGAGCUUGGUGUAGAGGAACAGUGUCGUUGGUGUGGAGAUGGUGGGUCACUCAUUUGCUGUGACAAGUGUGACAAGGCCUUCUGCAAAAAAUGUAUUAGACUCAACUUAGGAAAGGCCAAGCUUAAAGAACUUGUGAAUGCACCAGAAGAAGAAGAGUGGUUAUGCUUUGCUUGUAAUCCUAAACCUUUAUCAAGGCUUGUUAAAACAUGCAAUCAAAUUAUGAAUCUUGUGCAAACACUCAAAUCUCAAAAGACAAUUUUCAAAACAAAAAAAGGACCUUCUCUCACUGGUACUCCAAACCAGAGUGAGCGACGAAAUAGACUCAGUAGCUUGACUGAAAAUUUGGGAAUGGGUUCCGAUGAUGCUUUGUCGCCUAGUGAAACUCUGAUGAAAAAGCACGGUAGAGAUGAUUCUGAUAGUGAUAACUCCGCUCUCAAGAAAAGGAAGAAAAAGUCAGGAAGCAAGGAGGGUACUGUUAAGGAAAAUGGUUUGUCAAAGGGAGAUGUGUUUGUUAUUGAUGAUGACAGUGAUUGUGUCGACAUUGAAGAAAGUGUCAAGGGCUCUUCAAGAAAGACUAAUAGGGCUAAGGCAAAUCAAAGGACUAAAAGGAAAUUAGAUGUAAGGACAGAAUCAGAGCAUGAAGAGAGCAUGAAAGACAGUAAAACAAAGAAAGCUAGGAAAACAAAGACUACAAAGGGUUCAUCAAAUGAUUCGGACUCUGUUGUGACUGCAAGAUCAAAGAGCAAAUCUACGAGGAAAGGAAAACAGAAGAAGAUGAAAGUUAAGAGUUUGGAAGGUGAAAAAAAUGAUUCUGAUUCCCAAUCAGAUUCAGAUUUUGUUUCUAUGGUGAAACAAAAAGGCAAAAAGUCAAAAAAAGAUAGCAAAGUUCAAAAGAGAGGAAAAACAAAACAGGAUGUGUCAGAGUCAGAAGAGGAAGAGAGUGAGAGAGAGGAAAAACCAAAGAAAGGGGGUAAAAAGCAGGAGAAAGGAAAGUCCAAGAAGCCAGUUCUAUCUGAUUCUGAGGAAAGUGAAGAGGAAAGUGAAAAUGAUGCAAAGAAAAAAGGGAAGCGUAAGGAUGGAAGAAAGGCUAGCAAGAAAGUGAAGGGAGGAAAGUCAAAAAAACAAGCUAUUUCAGAUUCAGAAGAAGAGGAAAAUGAAGAAGAAGAAGAAGAAGAAGAAGAAGAAGAAGAAGAAAGUGAUGGUGAUAGACAGAGAAAGAGGUCAAAGAGGUCAGGUGUUUCGCAGAAACACACCAGAAAACGGCCACGCAAAGAAACUACCUCUGAGGAGGAAUCCAGUUCAUCGGAUGACCAGUCAGAUAGUGAUGUUCCUCUGACCAGAUACAAAAAGAAGCAAGUUCAGAAGCGUAACAAGAGAAAGACGAAGGCAUCAUCUGGAAGUGAUGAUGAUGAAGAAGAGAAAGAGAUUGGAAGGAGAAAGAAAAGGAAGACAAGACAAAAAGGCAGAAAGAGCAGUUCUGGAUCAGAAGAGGAUACAAAGACAAGGAAACAGAAGGGUAAAGGGAAAGGGAGGGGGAAGGGGAAGGGGAAAUCAAAAAAGAAGCAUUUCAUAGUGAAAGACAGUGAUGAGUCCGAGGAAGAUGUUGAUGAUGAUGACGAAGAAGUUAGCCCUUCAAAACGAAAAGGUCGUAAGAAAAUCCGUAAGCUCAUUGAGGACGAGAAACUAGCAGAGGAGACUCAAAAGGCAAGAAGGCUUGAGGAAGAAAGGCGAAAACGCCUUCUGGAACGGACUCAAAAUAAUGAGGAUGACAUGCCAGGGGAAUCGGCCAAAGUGGCCAGUCUUGUGCUGGAAUCUGACCCGAGCACCAAGGAACCCACUGUUGAAGUGAAGGAGGAUCUUCUACAGCACUUAAAACCACAUCAGUGUAAAGGGAUACAGUUUAUGUAUGAUUGCAUCAUUGAGUCAUUAAAGUCUUGGAAGAAGGAAGACCCAGGUGGGGGAUGUAUACUGGCACAUUGCAUGGGUCUCGGGAAAACUUUACAGGUAACAAUACUCAUUACUACAGCUAGCUAGUGCAAACAUUUAUUCAAAAUACAGCUGUAGUCAGUGUCAUUAGAGUUUGCUGCAAGGUUUACAUUUUGGACUCAUUUAUUUACCAUUUAAGUCCAAGAUUCAAUACUGAAUAUAAAGGACUGCCUUAAAAACAAGUAACUUUUGCCAGUCUUCAUUACUUUGUAUGUUUGUUAAUAAUAAUAAUAAUAAUAAUAAUAAUAAUAAUAAUGACAUUAACAACAACAACAGUAACAAUAAUAAUAAUAAUAAUAAUAAUAAUGAUAAUAAUAAGAACAUGCAGUUUCAACCAACAAACCAGAAUGACCUUUUUUCAUUAAGCAUAAGUAAAGGAAAUAGUUCAUAACUUUUGUCCUUGCAAUUUAAGGCUCAAAGACUUGAGUGUAGCAAGGUUUGCAAAUUUUUUGGUAUUGGUUCUGGGUAUGUAUUGUACUGUUCACACAAUUAAGUACAAAGUAUGUUGGUUUUCAUGGCCUGGUGGCAAGGCUACACUUUGUUGCCAUGCUUGCUUUUGAUGAUUUGUAUUAAUUCUUUUAUCUUUUGUUUCCAAGGUUGUGGCCCUUGUUCAUACCCUCAUGACUCAUGAAGACAUCAAAAUGCAACGUGUUUUAGUAGUGGCUCCAUUAAACACUGUCCUGAACUGGCAGGUUGAAUUUGAUAAAUGGCUGAGUGUAGAUGACAGACUUGAGGUAAAAAUUUAUGUUAGUCAGGCAUACUUAACAGGUGUCACGCUAUAAUGCUGCCAUUUAUUCAACUUACAGUUGUUGCUCUAUGCAAAUCUGCAUGCUCGCAUAUCUAAUGAAAAGGCAUAUUCCCUUAAGGAUAUCAUGUGGCAAAAUGUCUGUUGAUAAUCAAUGUGCAUCAAAAGUGUCCAAAAUUGUGGCUUUAUUUUAGUGACCAAAAACAUGGGUCAAAUACUUAGCAUAACCAUAAUCCAAAAAGUUCUAGGUAAUAGUUUUCCUGCCAUAAAUUUUGACCAAAGCAAACUUUUUAUUCCGGCGGUCCAAACCGUGAAAUACAACCUGCUUAAUUGACCAAUCAAAGCUUGCAUACUAACUGAAAGAAUAUAGCACAGUAAAAUACACUCCCAUAAAUCUACAUCCAAUUCACAGCAAAGGGGGUCCCAAGGUAUACCCUACAUUAUAACAUGUUUAGUGCUUCACAUAAAUGCAAGGUUUUCAUGUCAUAACUUUUUAUUUGAAAUCUCCUUCCUUUUAGGUUUUCAUUUUGCAGGAUGUAGGUGGCAACAAUUGGCGCAGAGCUGACAUGCUGAAGCACUGGUCUAGGUAUGGUGGGGUGAUGAUUGUGGGGUACUCAAUGUACCGUAAUCUCUCACAAUGCUAUCGAGUCAGGAGCAAACAUCAGAAGAAAAUUUUCCAAGAAGCUCUGGUUGACCCUGGUGAGAAAAGUUCAAUAAUUAUUUAUUUUCCCUUGUUUAGUAGACUUGAAGAUUUAUUGCUACAUUUUUUGCAUCACACUUUAGGUAGCUCAGAUUGGUCAUAUUUUACCAUAUGUACACCUUAUAUUAGUGGAAUAAGGUUUUUUGUUUACGAAAACAUCACCACCAUAAUAGAGACCAUUAAGCUAAUGGCACAGGUUUUUCGAAAGAUUUUUAACUUUACCCCAGGGUUAAGCAAAGGUGUAAACAAAAUUUUGGUUUUUAGGAAUGUGCAAGUGAACCCGGUAAAACGUGUUAAACCUUUAUACGAAGGCUAGAUAUUUUCACCCAAGUGACAGUCCAAAAAAGUCUAAAAGUGAAAUAAAUCAGGUUUAUGUUGUCAAAACCGGCAUUCAAGAAAGAAAUUUUAAGAAUUUAGCUUGUUGCCGAGCCUCAGUCAGUGGUGCUUGGGGUUUUGGCUGUGGCUGCUGAGUGUGAUCACUGCUGGGGGGUGGUAGCUUGCGUAGCAAGCGUUUCCGUGCGGCUUAGGAGCAAAGAAAGAGGAACGAGAGUCAAAGACCCCGUGAAAAAUGGCACAAGUAAACGGGGGUAGUGAAUGAAGAUAUGGGGCCGGUUAUUUAAACAGAGUUUAGUGUUUAACAAAACCUUGUUCUACACUGUACGACAUUUUCAUCUUGGCUAACACUUUUAUUUUAACACUGUUAAUCAUGAACAGUUUCAUAAAAACAUACAACGUAGACUAGAAAGGUACUUAUCCACUUAAAAUAACCCACAAGGGAAGAGAUCUGGAGGUCUGAAGAUUUACUAAACCGUGGUCUUAGUUAGACUUUAUUCAAAAAUUAAUGACUGAACCAUAGUGUUGGAGGGUUCUGAACGCCCCUUUAAGGCUGUAUUGGUUCUCUUUCUGGUGAAGGGCAUUCGUUUUGGAUCAACUGCUGAAUUAUUUGAGCAUUUUUUGAAGGUCCUGAUUUGGUGAUUUGUGAUGAGGGUCACAUCCUACGUAACGAUGGAAGUGCAAUCUCCAAGGCACUGAAUGGCAUCAAGACUAAAAGACGCAUUGUGCUCACCGGAACGCCUCUACAGAACAAUCUCAUUGAAUGUAUGUUUAAUUUUUUUCGUUUUGCUUGAAUACCUCGCCACUUUGCUAACACAUAUAGUAAGCGUUGAUGGACCUUAUUUGUGGACUACAUUUAGAAGGUGUUCGUCAUGAGGAAUGGUUACCUGGGACUGAAUUCAGUUGUUUUUCAGUAGUUUCUAAGCCGCCCACGUUCAGCAUUUUUGCUAGCCCAAGAUAGUGUUAUCAAGCCUAGUUUUGUACUUGACAAGACCCCCAUAGUGGGGGUUCAUUGGGCUGCUAACUGUGUGAUGCAGUGGUUUAUUAUUUUGGGAAGUAUAGAUUAAAAAUACACUUUUUACCGGCUUGAGUGAAUAUCUACUCCUAACCUGUGGAAUGGGAUAGGGAAUAGGACAUGCAAACCCAUCUAGGAGUGCCGUCCGCCAUUUUGUCUUUUUUUGACAUAAAAAGAGUGUUGCUUCUCAUUUCUUGAUUCGACGUUGCCCUCACAGGCAGUCCAACAAUCAAACCAAGGAAGCAUGAUUUGUACACAACUUGAUAAUGAACACUAUCUUAGUAUUACUUUUUUAUGGAUUUGAAAUAACUACUGGACGUCCUCAAAAACCAUUAACAUAAAAAAAAACCAUCAUUAUUGUACCUAGCCUCCCACGCAGGCGUUUUUAGGAGAGCUCGUAUUUCUUCCCUCCCUGUGGGGAGGGAAGAAAUACGAGCUCCCCUAAAAACGCCUGCGUGGGAGGCUAUAUUGUACCUUGUAAAGAAUAGGACCAUUUUUUCACACUGAGAAAAUACCAAAAAUAUUUUUUGUUCAUAAUCGUCCAAUUUUUUCUCAGACCACUGCAUGGUGAGUUUUGUCAAGCCCAAUCUUCUUGGGACGCGGAAAGAGUUCACUAACACCUUUGUAAACCCUAUUGAAAAUGGUCAGUGUGCAGACAGCACUGCACUGGACGUUCAGCUUAUGAAACAGCGAUGUCAUGUGCUCCACAAGAUGUUGGAAGGAUGUGUACAGGUUAGUAUUAGGAUUACCUGAACGCUUUAUUCGAUAGAUCAAAGUACGGUUAAAUAUCCUGAGUUGCUCAUGUAUAAUGAAUUUUGAGACUUUCUAUCUGUCAUCAUGCUGGUGACUUUGAUGAAGUGCUGCCUUUAACUUCACGCUCCCCUCAAAUAGGUAUUGCACCUUCAAAUAAAUAAAUGUAGGAUGCUAAAAUAGAUUGUUCACAGUCCCCUAUUAUUUUCUAAGAUAGUCGAGAUCGAGCGUUUAAGAUUUUGCGUUUUGGAGGGGGGGGCGGAAGCUUCUUAGUUUUAAAGAGGCUAUCUCAUGCUAUUUGCCUUCUUUUUAAAAAGCUAAGACUUUGCUUCGCGUCAAUUAAAAUCCAAAAAUAAUGGUUCAGCUUUAUUAUUUAAGACUGCAACUAGGCAUUGAAACUCUUUCUUGUCGUCUGUUGUAAUGGAUAGCAAGGAUGGACAUAAAUUCAUCUUUUUCAAGUUUUAAAACUAUGCCUUCAAAAAUCACCUUAAAAGUGAUUAUGGUUGAUUAUGGUUGGUGCUCCCUGGUGAAAUUUGUUUGAUGUCUUCUUCAUAACUCUACAGGAGCAUUUUGUGUAUGGGUAAAGACACUAAGUAACGACUCCUGAACAGAAUUGACCUAAACAGCAUUAUUUGUAUGACAUGGCGCUCUUAAAUGUCCCGAAGGGGCAGACCCUUUGGGUUUUAGCGGUGGGGAAAGGGAGGCUUUUUUUCUUGCCUCCUGCCAAACUGGUCCUCGCCCCCAAAGUAGAUUUGAUACUCAUCCCUAGGCGAGACUCGGUACAUUCAAAACCAAGAUGGCCGCCCGUAAGGGUAGGUACUCGAUCCCGACGAUCUUAAAUGUCCCGAGGGGCAUACGCCCUGGGUUUUAGCGGUGGGGAAAGGGAGGCUAUCUUUCUUGCCUCCUGCCAAACUGGUCCUCGCCCCCAAAGUAGAUUUGAUACUCAUCCCCAGGCGAGACUCGGUACAUUCAAAACCAAGAUGGCCGCCCGUAAGGGUAGGUACUCGAUCCCGACGAUCUUAAAUGUCCCGAGGGGCAUACGCCCUGGGUUUUAGCGGUGGGGAAAGGGAGGCUAUUUUUCUUGCCUCCUGCCAAACUGGUCCCCGCCCCCAAAGUAGAUUUGAUACUCGGUACAUUUAAAACCAAGAUGGUCGCCAUCUGUGAACAGUCUUGCUAAAAAGUCCAGUGUUUUAAAAUUAAUCGCAAGUUUACAAACUGUCAGACCCUAACAGUGGGUUGGGUGGAAUAGUACAUGGAUAUUCUCGCGUCCCAUCUUUUACCUGCCUUGCCUUGGAGCAACUCGGAAAUGGCCUAUUUUAAUAGUAAAAAGACGCCUACUUCAAGACUUUCUUUCAAACCUGAUAUGCUUUUCAAAACAAAUGUGCUUUAACUUAGUACUCCGUAGUCUUGUUGGCCACCUGUGCAGUUAGAUCGCGUGGUCCAUUCCCUUAUUUUGCUUUUUAUUUAUUCUUGUCAGAGGAGAGAUUACUCUGUGUUAGUUCCCUUUCUUCCUCGUAAACAUGAGUACGUGAUCAAAGUUCGGGUGUCUGCGUUGCAAGAGAAGUUGUACCGACAUUUUCUCAACACUUUUAUCUUCCAAGAAGGAGACUUCAGCAAGAAAGGUAGGAAUGAUUUUUCGUGAGCCUUAAGUCGAGCCUUGUCACGAAAUUUAGCCAAAUUUAGCCACUAAGACCUGACCAUCUAAAUGACCAAAUGAUAAUUGUGUAAAUAACUGCUUCAAAAUUGAAGCAUCAUGGCUGAGUGGUUAGAGCGCUGGAAUUGUAAUCUAGUGGUCCCUUGGUGAGCCGUCUUCAUUCCUUGCCCUGAGGGAUUGUGGGAUUGUUGUUCUCGGUAUUCCUGAUUUCAACUCCUCGUUCGCGCUUGUAAAUAGCCAACUGGAAUUACCUUCGACCCGUUAGGAUUCUUAACUUGGUGGUCCACAAUAAAACGUACUGGUCAGUUAUUUAAACUGGACCCCGUGUUGAACAAAAUCGCGUUUUAAGCCAUUUUCAAUUUGCCCAACGCUUUUAUCUACAAUUCAUUGCGAACAAUCUCAAUAAAGCAUGUAGCGUAGACUGGAGAAGCACUUAUUUUCUUAGAUUAACACACUGAGAAAGAUAUCUGGAGGUCCCGUGAUUUCUUAAACCGCAGCCUGAGUUAGAGUUUAUUUAAAUAACUGACCCUACGAGUUGUUGGUUACCAAUGUCAAUUUUUUUUUUAAUGAAAGGUUUACAUAACACGGUAAACACAGAGCAAGAAUAGCGAAAAUUGAGGAAGGCUAAGAUGGAUCACAGUUGGGGAUUUUAGAAGCUGUUCGUCCUAACAGCUUUUCAAUCAAAGUUCAUCAUUAUUGUUUGUAAUAUUGUAUGUAAUGGUCAGGGUAAAUAUUUGUUUGUCGUGAAGCCAUCAGCAUGGUUAAUCUCUAGUUUGUAGAUAAUUUACUUUCUUGCAACAAAAAUUCUUCUGAACACAAAUUAAGUAAGGAACAUGGCAAGUUGUAAGCUUUCCUUGUAUGAUGUGUAAAACGCUGAUGAUUGUUUCCUUGGUUGUUUGUUUUUGAAGGCGUUUAAAUCCAUUUUACACAAUAUCCUGCUUUCUAGUACGAGUUGAUGCAUUUUUAGUAUACGAGGGAAGCGUACCGUUUUAGAUCAGUAGAAAAUACUAUUUUCAUUUUGUGAAUCGAUACUUGAUGCUAUUUUUUUCAAUCAUAAUAAUGAUUGUAACAAUAUUCUCAAAUCUGAUUGGCUUAGCAACAGAACUUCGUGUCGUCCAAUUGGACCUGCAAUCAUACUCCUGAUUAAACGGACGGGUUUAAUCACUCCUAUUAUUGCAGACCGAAUUGGACUCAGCUCAGUCCUUUGCCGUUAUUGAUUACCUUAUGGAAAAUUGUUUUACAGCGGGAGUUUCUCUGUUCUCGGAUUACCAAGCUCUGAUGCGGAUCUGGACUCACCCCUGGUGUCUCAAGCUUGAAGCGCUGCGGCGACCGGAGACAUUCGCUGACACCGAUAGCAUGGAUGACUUUGUAGUGCACAGUGACGAAGAGGAAGAAGAAGAAGAACAGUCAGAAAGUGAGCAAUCCACUACCUCGGUGGAAGAAGUUUUGUCUUCAUCAGGCAGUGAAGAUGCAAGAGGACGGAAGACGCGUGGAGGUAGAAGAGGAAAGAAAGUAUCGAGCGAGGAGGAAAACGAAGAUGAUGAUGAUGAGAGUGAGGAGGAAGUUCUUCCGCAGUCGUCACGGAGUAGAGCUGCAGCUAUCGUGAGAAGCGCCAAGUCAUCGAGUAAGGCCAGUCCAUCUACUGUGAAUAUUGAUGGCGAGGACGUCACUGUUGUGUCAGUUAAUGACGGUGCAAGUACGUCUCGAGGAAAUCGCCGUGACAAACAAGCUCAUUCAAGUAAGAGUAACAUCAAAGAGGACGAGGAAACGAAGAGCAAUGGAAGGCUGUCGAGAAACAGCUCAAACAACAGUGAUCUUGACGGUGUUGGCAGCACACGAUCCGGUACAAACUUCAAAGAUUUUGAAGUCGAGAAAGAGUGGUAUGACGAGUUUCUCACGGAAGCGGAUGAGUUCAACGUAGAACUGAGUGGGAAGAUGGUGCUUCUGAUGGAAAUACUAGCCGAUGCAGAAGCUGUGGGCGACAAAGUGUUGGUGUUUAGCCACAGUCUUGUGACGCUCGAUCUGAUCGAGAGAGUGCUGGGUGGUGGAGACAUAGGUGGUGACAGGGAGAAUUGGUGCCGUGGCUGUGACUACUUUCGUAUGGAUGGUUCUACCAGUGCGACUAUGAGGCAACGUUGGGCAGACAUUUUCAACGAUGAAGACAACAAAACGUAAGUGUUAAGUAACGUUCACAUGGCACUGGACGAAUUGUCGACUGGAUGAAAAAUUUGGAUCAAUUUAGUAGGUUUCUGGGAAACUGCUCACUUACCCCUCCCUUAGGCCAACAUUAGGGGCCUUAAGAUCCGACGACGGCGACGGCAACAAGGACGUCAAAAAAGCAAUAGGUUUAAUAACCAAAACAACAAUUUUGCACGUGCAUCAUGCUUUUUUGUACAUUUCUUUGCCGUUACUGCACGACUACGACGUGGAAAUGCCUAAUUUCACGCUUUACAGAGGAAGUACACAAGCGAGGACGAAAUUUCUUCUCUAUUUCUGAACUUGAAUAUGGCUCUUAGGAAUUCAAUUUUAGGAGGGUUCACCUACAUUUGACAAAGUUAGUGACUUGGAGUAAUCGCGAUGAAGAUUGAAAGAACGCGAAUUCACUUUUUCAGCGACGUUUUCGCUGCCGUCGCCCUCGUCGGAUCUUAAGGUCCCUAUUUUAAACACUUACUGUUCACUUGGGGCAAAAUGAUGGCUUAGGAGAGGGGUAGGCGGACAGUUUCCCAGAAACCUAAAUUGAUCCCAAAAUUUGACCGGAGACUUCACUCACAUGGAACCGUUCAAUAUAUUGGUUCUGUUUACACGGAACUUACGAGCCAGUUGGAAUUUUUACUUUUUUCAGUGGUUUUACCAUCUGCCCAUGCGCAGAGCGCUACUUCGUGUGAACGUUAAGACGGUUAUGGUGUUCAAAACGCGCCGGUCAAGUUUUCGACCGUACCGGCGAAGAAAAAUUCGAUUUUUGCGUGCGAAUAUCUGAACGGUCAGGCGUCUAAAUGUGGUUCCAUGUGAACGCACGAAUUUCCAACCGGUUGAAGAUUCUUCUGGUGCCGUGUGAAUGUAGCCUUAAUAUAAAACAGGGCACCCACCGACAGUUUCCUCCUAAAAAACAUGAAAACUCUUUUUAGGAUAUCCAGAGUACUUUUAUAUCUCUUGAAAUGCAUUCUAAGCGGCGCUAUAAAAUGUGUAUCUGUUCGGUCAUCCUAUAGGAGAACUUGAGUCUUUUCGAAAUUAUUUUCCCGAAAAUUUUAUACGCAAUUUAACGUUUUACGAAAGCGAGAAUUGUUCUUAUUCCUCUCUCCAUCAGAUUUGUGAAUCCGAAAAUUUUAGGUUCUCUUUAUUCUGCGAAAACUAGCCUAACAUAGGGAGUAAAAUGUGAAAAAUUAAACUUCCGAAAAUCCUAGGGAAUUUAUUACGUAGGCCUCGAAAAUUGAACUUGAUUGGAACGGUCAUCUAGAAAUUUUUAGCUGUCCCCAAGUAAUACAAUAUUCUAGGCAAUAUUUGCUUCUCCAAACAGAAAUUUUACAGAAAACAGUCGUUGGGUGCCCCUGAUAAAACGACAAGUUAAGAGCCCAUGACUGUAAAUAUCGAGAAUCGCUGGCCAGGCCCAAAAAAUCGAAAAUUCUGAUAAUUUGUCAGAAAAACCCCUUUGGGGAACUAUCUUCGAAAAAAAUAUUUUUAACUUUCAAGAAUCUAUAGUGUUCGAGAAAGUGAGGAAAAACGAAAAUAGCGGUUUUUACCUAAUUAAUUAUACAAAAAUUAGAGUAAAAAUGGUCUACUUUAUCGCGUCGGUACCGAGGCAAGAUUCAAAGCUAUAAAACAGAAAUAUUUUUGUUUAAAAGCAUUUUAUCUUUUCUUUCUAUCCGUGGUAUGUUUUAAGCCAUAAACACGAUUUUGAAUUUUUUACGGUUUUUUAAAAACUACCACCAAGCGCACUUUUUAAAAUGGGUGACAAAUGAGCAACUUCAGAGGCAAAAAACUCAGCUUGGUAUGUGUGAUACCUAGCCAAAAUGUAUACUAGGACAACCUUCAGCUCUUAUAUUAACAGAAUAUGAAAUAAAAAAUCUGGGUACUCCAGAUUCGCCUUUACAAAAUAAACAGUUUCGUGACCACCAGUGGCAAAAGGUCACAAAUUUGCAUAAGUCAAAUUUGUAGAGAAAUGAUGCCGCCUGACUUCUCUUUCUAGUUUCGGUUCAUGGUAUAUUCGAAACGUAGGAGAAAGGAUGAAAGCGCCUUUAAAUGAAGCUAAAAUUAAGUAAAGGAUCAGAAAAAUUGAUAUCCCUGAUAACAAAUAGCUGCGAAGGUUUGUGACACAAUGUGGCAAAUUUGCAUAAUGCAUCUGCAUAUUCCUAUCGUAACUGUCAGCAUCACGCAAUAUUUGAGGCUUAAGAAUAGCAUAACCAAAAAAACAGCUAAUAAUGUUAAAUGUUUUGUAAUUAGUAUGUUAGCUCUUCUUAAUUGUACAUUACAAAAUUAAGGUUGCUCACAAAUUGUUUUCGGGUGUUGGAGUACUGUAUUCUGCAAUUGCGUGACCGUUGUCAAACUCAGCACAAUCACACUUUAUUUUUACCGGGACCAUAAAAAAAAUGUGAGCAUAUGAAGUGUGUAAAGAAAUAUUAUUCAUGUUAGAUGACUUAACUUUACUUAAUUCACCUGAAUGAGUUUCGUAGCCAUACAUCUUUCUUGGAGGCUUUUAUGGUACCGAUAGUUCAUUCAUCAAGGCAUUUAGAGGAUUUGCCAUUAACACUAUACAUCAGACCCUAAGUUUUCAAUCAAUAAAAAUCCGAAAUAGUUAAUUUUCUCAGAAGUUUUUCAAAGUUAUAUUUUGGUGAAAUUGCCAAGUCUCGCUUAUUAAAAAUAACGUAAGUAAAGACAAGAUUAAAGUAAUCAUUGCCCCCUUUUCUCUCUUUCCUGAAAUUCUUCCACCUCCUCUGUCUGCCUCUUCACUGUUCGUGCGCUCAACACUAUUAAGUCCAGACAUGAUUUCGAACACCCAAAGAUGGUCAAAGAUCGCCAAGUGGACCGACCCGUAAUUGUGCCAUUGAUUAGCUGAAACCUUCAUUGAGCGCUCAAUAGAAAAAAUAAAUCAGAUGGAGGGAGUACUGCACUGGGGUCGUUUUGGUUUUUUUUUUUUUUUUUUUUUUUUGAACCAAGAAUAUCGUAAAAUUCCGAAAAUAAACCCCGGGGCUUAUAUUUUUCAAAGGCCCUUUUUGAGGGGCUUAUUUUAGGAGGGCCUAUAUUCAGAGGGGCUUAUCUAUGGAGGGAAUUUUGUGUUUCAAAAUCGAUUGGGCUAACCUUAUAGUUGGAAGGAAAUUUACCGUUUUUGCUUUGUUUUACCUUGUAUUUGAGGGCAAUUUCAAGUACAAGCCCCGGGGGCUUAUAUAUGGAGGGCGAUUUAACGGACGGUUUUUUGCGUUACAAGUUUGGGGACCUAUAUUUGAAGGUGCUUAUACAAGGAUGCACUUAUUUUCGGAAUUUUACGGUAUCCUUCAUGAACCCAUUUACCUUAGCUUUCCAUUUAUUCGCCAGGAUGAUGAAAUGAUCAAAAUCAGCAAGGAUGGAUUUUUCCACUGGUACCUCAUUCACCAAAUUUUCACCUAUCUUCAUGUAUCUUGACAGAGUUACACACACACAAAAAAGCAACAUUUGCGGUGAGCGAACCUACUUCCAAUUUUUCUAUUCACCUUCUAUUCUUUACAGAUUAAUUAAAUGUCCCUUUCCUGAAAAGUUAGCCAGCCAAAAUUCCUUGCAAAACAAAGACUGUGGGAAGACGAUCAUUGCCGGAGCAACAGAAGAAGAAAGGCAAAGGGAAAGAAGAGAGCCGGAGAGAAAGAUCGAUAUAGGUUCGUAAGAGACGUCCAAAUUUUGGCUUCUAUGAAUGCGCCAAAAAAGCUUCCAAAUUAGUGUACGUCCAAUUUAGCAGUCUUGUGUUGCAAAUCUCUUUUUCAGCCAUUCCCACAUCAUGCUAACUGGCUAGCCUCAGUAAUCGGCUCCCGCUAGCCUGUAUAACAGACGUGCGUUUUUCAGGCGAGCGAAGGCAAGCCCAAAGCCAGAGCGAAUGCAAGCUCGAACAGCGUGAGGAGCGCGUCAUUAAGGGGUAGGUCUGGGGCGGAAUGCAACAAACAAUGGUAUGUGGACAGGCCGUUAUUUUUUCUGCGUCUUCCCCUCGCGCUUGUCUGGCGCUUCUCACUCACUUCGCGCUUGCCUUCGCUCGCCUGCAAAAACGCGAAAAAAAUAAGGUCUGUUAUCCAGGCUACUAACUGGUUAAAAACCGGUCCAAAAAGGCUGGGUUUUCUUCCACUAAAAUUGGCCGUCAAAAAAAGAGUUAAAGGGGCUAUGCCAAGCGAUUUGCUAGUUCAUUUUAAAAACCUAAAAUGGUCUUCAUUUCACAUCAAUUCAGUUCAAAAAUAAUGGUCCAGUUUUGUUAUGUAAGACUAUAUUUAGGCACGGUCUGUUGCUACUGAUAGCCAGGGUGGACAUGGACUGAAAAUUGAAAAAAAAAUGGGCUAACUUUUUCAAGUUUAAAUGCAUCACCCAAAAAGAUAUUUUUGGUUAGUGCUCCCUUAUAAAAUGAUAUCUUCCUCAUACCCCACAUGUAACUCUACACUGAACAUUUCUUGACUGGGUAAAGGCAGUAAGUAAUGACUUCAGCACAGAAUCAGCCUAAAACAACAAACAUACUCGCCACAUAGGGCCUCGAUCUGGGAUCUUCUUUCCCUUUUGUCUGAAGCUCUUUCAUUCUUUACUUUGGGAAACGGUUAGGCGUAAAUAAAAUCGCGGAUCCCACUUACCUACCUCGUUAUGUUAUUUAGCUCCUUAGUCGCUAUCAACUACCCUGCGAGCAGAGGCCCUUCGAUCUUCCUAGUUGGGAAGAGGAAGAGAAGGGUAGCUAUCAACUAAAUAAUAAUUCGAUCGUACGUUCCGGUGUGAAGGCGCGAGCUGGGACAUUGCGGGAACUGACGUUAAUACUCCUGAGCAAAAGCAGACAUUUCUUUGAACAAAACUCGGGUCUGUUGUAAACUGAGAAUUGUAGUCAAGUUACGCUUUUACUCUGCGUCACCUUAUUGCCCGGUUAGUAAAUGGUACUUACGUCGAUACAAGUUCGUUGCCGCAUACUGCGAUAUGCCAGGGGCGUCAAGGAUGACCUUUCUAAUACUUCUCUUUUCAAGAUGAUGCUACGUUUUGCAAGCACUCGACAUGGGUGGGAGUUGAUUAGAGCAGCUCAAAAGAGGUGAACAAGGAGUCUUAUCUUCCAUGGACAAAUCCUAGUCGCAUCGUCGUGAAAGGGAUUUACUCUGUUGGAGUACAGUUGAACCUCCAUGUGCGACUACCUCCCUUAAGCGACCACCUAUCCAAAACGCCAAAACCCACCCAGUUUAAGUCUUCCAGCUGGAAUCUCUCCUGCAAGCGCCAGCGACCACUAAUUGGAGCUGACGGUUUAAUGAUUUUGCAUUGUUUUUAAACUCUUGUAAGCGAUCCCUUGUGGUAGAAACAACAUCAACAUGGAACUGCACAUAUCGUAACUUGGACAUUGCAUGCAAUAAAUUCUCUUCGUUAAAGUAGAUGUGUCCGGUUUUCUUCUCAAAGAAACCUCCCGUGGUUCGAUUCUCGUAAGAGACCACCUCCCGUUAGCGACCACUAAGUCUUCGCAUUUUGGGUGGUCGCUUUCGGGAGGUUCGACUGUAGUCUCCUUUUCCAGUUCUUCGGCGGCGUCGGUUGGAACUUGCUUUGUUUCAUGAGUUGCGCGUAUACAUUUACACACUAAGGCGCUGCUACAUUAUAUUUUGAAAUCACUGAACAAAUAUCCUUUUGUAUCUGAAGGAAAACGCCCCUUGGCAGGUGGUACAACUCUGAGAUGACCUAAAAAGGGCAGUUUUUGCGGGAAAGAUGUUUCGGAUUCGUUUCGGAGGAGAGAAACCGCUGGACCGUAUGAACUACGAUGACUUAGCUGUGCUAAAUGCUAACUUUUAAUGCGUGACUGACAGGCAUGCGAAAUUAGUAUCCCUUCUUUCUGAAAAGAAAAUAAGACGAGAAACAAAUGAUGUUGCGAACUACGCAUUGCUUGUUCAAAACAAAGUUUCCAUAAAAUUUCAUAAGGAGAAAAAAAUCAAUAAAAGAAGGCGGAGCUGCUCGAGACGUCGUUGCGUGACAUUGUUACUCUAACUGUUAGUUUAUGACUUCCUCGCACGAGUCGAAGUGUAUCCCGUUCGCAAAAAACCUCCUUCAAAAUAAAAUUUCAAGGAAAAUAUACCUACCUAUUUUAGAUAUACCAGAGGCGAAUUUAAGAUGAUACAGAUGGAUGCUAAUACAAGGAAGUUAGGAAAAACAGAGACAUGGGAUAUAGUUUACAUAAUAGUCCGGCGCUUUUAUAUAACGCUUCUUCGAGUUCGUUUUUAUUUAUUUACUUAUUUUUUUGUGAACGGUUAAUUACUCUGAUAUUUUAACAUAAACUUUAUCAAAAAACGUUUUUUUGCUUCGUGAUGUUUCCGAACAUCACAUACUGACCCUGAAUUGAAACAAAACCGGCUGCCGCAACAUUUCUUUACAAAUUUGACUUAUGCAAAUUUGUGACCUUUUGCCACUGGUGGUCACGAAACUGUUUAUUUUGUAAAGACGAAUGCGGAGUGCCCAGAUUUUUUAUUUCAUAUUCUGUUAAUAUAAGAGCUGAACUUUGUCCUAGUAUACAUUGUGGCUAGGUAUCACACAUACCAAGGUGAGUUUUUUGCCUCUGAAGUUGCUCAUUUUUUACCCAUUUUAAAAAGUGCGCUUGGUGGUAGUUUUUAAAAAACCGUAAAAAAUUCAAAAUCGUGUUUAUGGUUUAAAACAUACCACGGGUAGAAAGAAAAGAUAAAAUGCUUUUAAACAAAAAUAUUUCUGUUUUAUAGCUUUGAAUCUUGCCUCGGUACCGACGCGAUAAAGUAGACCAUUUUUACUCUAAUUUUUGCAUAAUUAAUUAGGUAAAAACCGCUAUUUUCGUUUUUCCUCAUUUUCUCGAACACUAUAGAUUCUUGAAAGUUAAAAAUAUUUUUUUCGAAGAUAGUUCCCCAAAGGGGUUUUUCUGACAAAUUAUCAGAGUUUUCGAUUUUUUUGGCCUGGCCAGCGAUUCUCGAUAUUUACAGUCAUGGGCUCUUAAGAUAGACCUUUCACCCAUUUCCGUAAACAAAGGCGCCAGCUGGAGGCUGACAAAGUACAGUGAUUGGUAUGAAUUCGUCACCUCAAUCCUUUACCUCAGUUCCUUGUGUUUACUCACCGCAGCAGAUUGUGAGGAAAUUUACUGACUGUUGGUGCCGACAUUUUCUGUCAAGCACAGCUCAGCGUAUGAUUCACAAGAAGGGAAAGAAAAAUGUGAUUGACAGCUUAUGAGGUCUCCAACAGAUUGUCGAUUUACAUUGCACUGUUUUGAAGCGUCAGCGAAAAGACUUUCGUUCAAAUACUACGUCUCUUUUUCGAUGCAUUGGUAAAUAAGCAUGCAUUGAGAACCUGCACGAAACAAAUUGCCUCGCCUUCCACUAGUGCAACCCGGGUUCGAAGCCCAUAUGGGUUGGGUUUGUUGUUGAUUCUCGAUCUAAGAGAGGUCUUUCUUCGUGCCAGCAUAUCAAAAUUCCAAUUCCAUCUGACAUGCACCAAUAUUUUCAAAUGAGGUCUUGAGAGCUCUCAAAUGUUUCCUGAGUAAACAUUACAUUACGUCACGUUACGUCACGUUACGUUACGUUACGUUACAGUACGUUACAUACAACAGCGAGUAUAAGGUGUAUGCGUUAGAUUGUUUUUGUUGUCCUUUCUUUCAGUGCUCGAUUGUUUCUCAUCUCAACCAAGGCUGGUGGACUGGGAAUCAACCUCGUGGCUGCCAAUCGAGUCAUUGUGUUUGACGUUUCUUGGAACCCCUCCCAUGAUGUUCAGUCUAUCUUCAGAGUGUAUCGCUUUGGACAGACUAAAGCUGUGUAUGUAUACAGAUUUAUAGCACAGGUGAGCAAGGCCGGAAUAUAUUUCUUAAUAUGGAGACUAGUGCGGGUUACUUCCUGUUAGGGGAUUGGGUGGAAUCUCGCUAAGAGAACUUUUUUUCCUCCACCAUCUCACUGGGAAAGUGAUUAAUUAUGACAAUAGUAUACUGAUUGAUCACUGGGAAAGUGAUUAAUUAUGUAAUUUGUGAUUACACCGUAUUAUCAUAAAUUACUAUUUUGCCGGCACGUAUCAGAGGUCUGGAGAGGGUGUUUGUGCGCAGUGAGUCAUGGGAUUCGAGUUUGUAAUUCGUGGUCGUUAGGAAGGUGAGGCAUUCUACGGUCAGCCUUCACCGUGUUAGGUUGCUUUUCUCUCUUUUAUUUUAUUCGUGUGUUCUUUCGUUUAUAGAUAUUACUUGAUAUUUGUACAUAUCUGCAUAUAUGUUGAAUAAACGGCACGGUGGCUUGGCUGGCCCACGCGCCCAUAUAUGAACAUUAGGGAGUUUUAACAACAACGACGGCGACGGCGACGAGGACGUCAAAAAAGCAAUAGGUUUAUUACGCAAAACAACAACUCUGCACGUGCGCUUUUUUCACGCUUUUUUGUACAUUUCUUUUCCGUCUUUGCACGACUACGACGUGAAAAUGCCUAAUUGCAAGUUUUAUGGAGGACGUAAACAAGCGACGACGAAUCUCUUUUUCUCUCUCUAAACUUGAGUGCGGUCCUCAAGAAAUCAACUCCAGGGAAAUUCGCCUACACUUGCCAUUUUCAGCAAAUUGGAAUAAACGCGACAAAGAUUGAAAAAACGGGAAUUCAUUUUAAAACUGACGUUUUCGCUGCCGUUGCCGUCGUCGAUGCUAAAGCUCCCUAUUGUUGUCUUGUGUGUACCGGUUGAGUAGUGGAGGCAAAAUAUGACAAUACUUAUUGAUCACUGGGAAAGUGAUUAAUUAUGACAAUACUGAUUGAUGUGUUUUGUGUUAAUGUUUUUUUUUUGUGAUUAAUUAUGACAGCACUGAUUGAUGCGUUUGUGUUAAUGUUAACAGGGGACCAUGGAAGAGAAAAUCUACGAUAGACAGGUUUGUAAUUCGAACUAGAGUAAUUAUUUAACCUCCUCGUAAAUGCAUGUAGUACCACGAGAUCCGUUUGGUGAGAUAAGUCAAUCAUCUUUGUUUAUUUCGAUCAUUGGCAUUUUGCAGGUGACAAAACUGUCUAUGGCCGGACGAGUAGUCGAUGAACAGCAGAUUGAGCGUCAUUUCACCGCAGCAGAUCUUCGUGAACUGUACACUUUUACUCCCGAUUUGGUUGACGAGGGCAAAGCAUCGGAAUCCGAGGACAAAAAAGCAGAAGCCGAGGACAAAAUAUCGGCAGCCGAGGACAAAGAAUCGGAAGCCAAGAAAGAAGCAGCGGCCGGGAAUGAAACUGAAACCGCAAAGGAACCAGAUAACGGGGCUGGAACAGGAGCUGGGAAGGAAACAGAUUCUAAGGAUGAACAACAACUUGAAAAUGGAGCAAAUGCAGAGAAUGAUACAGAAACUGAGAAAACAAGUGAAACCAGUAACCAGGCCGAAGGGGGAGUAGGAACUGAUAGUGGAGCUGGAAAGGAAACAGAGGCCACAAAAGAGAAAACAGAACGACCAACUUUGCCUCUUCCUAAGGUAUCUGUUAGUCCUCUAUGUACAGAACAAACUUCUAGCAAAAGAAAAAUGGCUGAAAAUGAGCAAGGCUGUACGUCUUUAGCCCGUUGUUGUUAUUAAUGUGUUUUUUUGCCUUCGAAUAAAAAAUAUUUAGGGACACUUUUUAAGUCUGUUAUAACCAAGAUAUUUGUAUAAAAUUGAGCUGUGUUCUAUUAAGACCGUGUAGCCUCCCUUUUAAAUUUUUUUUCUGAAUCCGCGGAUGGGUAUAAAAAAGUCUUUUUAAAGCUCUACCCGGCUAGCCUGAAAUUCAUCCGAUUGCUUCGAGUCGUUUUCUCCUCUCAACAACGUCUGAAUCGACCGGCCGUUAAUGCCGUCCAGUGACUUCACUCACUACCCGAAAACCGGGUAGUGAUUUUGAUUGGUUGAUUGUCUAAACAUUCGCAUAAUUAUGUAUAAUUAUGAAAAAUUUCAGCGGGAUUGUCGCUUGGUAUUCAGCGGAUCGCAUCCCUGGCAUUCUUUCGUGUAGUUCAAACAUUUCGAUAAGCUUAAUCUUUAUCUUAAACAGCAAAAUUGCUCUUGUCUUCGAAACUGAAAUGUUAAAUUGAACUGCGAAUGAAGAAUCAUUGCAGAGAGUCGGUAGGUUUUUCAUUCAGAGCCGCUUUGUGGUUUCGGCGGCCGGUGCUUUUGUUUACGCGAAGUUUUCUGUCAUAAUUCGACCUUCUUGCUAUUUUUACCGUUAAGUGUCAUGAUGAUUCUGUUAGCUUUUCUUUCUUGUUUCCUUGUUUUUUUCUUCGUUAAGGAUCAAAUAGCUUCUUUUUAAUUAAAACAAAUCAUUCAUGUUUUUGAACUAAGUGUUCCGCGUGUGUGUUUAUUUCAUUGCGUGAUUGCGACCGAGUUUGAUUAUAGAAUUUAGUACAACCAGUUCAGAGUUGUACUGCAUGCAGUUGAUAGUUUGAACGUUAAACAUGAAUUACGAUAGAAAAAAUAAAGCAGUUCGGUAUCAUGCAGACAUUUCCAAAUCAUAUUUCUCGGUUUGCCACUUGAAAAUCGUGUUUUACUUUUUGCAUGAAUUAAAGCAAAGGUCAAGGAGUAGUGACGUCACUGGACGGCAUUAACGGCCGGUCGAUUCAGACGUUACUGAGGGAGUAAUAACGACUCGAAGUAAUCGGAUGAAAUUCAGGCUACUACCCGGCUAGAUUAACCCCGGCUCUUGGAAGGUAGAGCUGUACGCAUGUAACUUCUCUCCUCCCUUUUCAUUAAAACAGUAAAACUAAUAUUAAUUAAAAUGGCCCUGUCAUAUUAAAAUAUGGCAGUACUAUUUUUGAACGAGGAUGGCAAAUCGCGAUGCCUGUGUGUGCAGGAUCGCAGAGUAUGAAGAGCACACUCCCCAUUCAAGAAAGGUGCCACUCCAGGUUAGUGUGACGAGGGCCGUAACGAGGGGAGUGAUCUAGGGUCUCCCAUCGUCUUAAAUGAUGGGGACCAUUACUAAUUAACUAAGGCCUAGUUCAAACGUCAAACUUUUCAUGUGCUGAACCCAAUACCAUCAAUCCCGUUUCAAUUAGUUAAGUCCGACAUGUUUAAUUUGGGUUGACCCAUGAAUUAAGCGCGAGUGGCUUACAUAGGAAUUUCGACUAUGGAGCGACUUCGUUUCAAACGUACAACGUUUAUUGUGCCUCCGCAAUCUAAUGCAUAAAUAACUAUAAUUUAUAUUUACUGUUAAGCAUUGUGGAUCAUUGUACAUCGUAAAAAUGAGUUGAGCCCGACCAAUUAAGUUCGAGUUCCGAAUCAACCGUCGAACUUUGGGACGACCUAAACAGGUAUUAUGUUCGGCACAUGAAAAGCUCGACGUUUGAACUGGUUCUAACCAACAAUUCUUGUCACAGGAUGCUAUAUUGGCGGACCUGAUCAACAGGCUUCAUCCCAAAUGGAUAGUGAAGUAUCAUGAGCACGAUUCUCUGCUGCAGAAUAUCGAGUCUGAAGAGUUGACUGAAGAGGAAAUGAAAGCGGCUUGGGAAGCCUACGAGGCAGAAAAAUCUGGACAAACUGGUUAGUUCAGUAAUUUUACUCAGUUCGGAUGUCAUUCACGACUGGUAUGAGUCUCUCUGGUAUUAGUCUCUUGCCUGAUGUCAGCACUUUUUGUGCAAGGUUUUAAAGCCGUGUUAGAGUUGAUGUGCUUGCCUUAUUAGUGUUUCGACAACAUUUGUGAAGUGACCAUAUUUUUAGGGAAACCAGCAGUGAAAUUGCACAAAACUUUUUUUGUUCCCUUCAAGUACAGUUUGCGAGUGAACAAGAAAAACAUUUUGGCUGAAUGUCUUCGUUCUUUAAGCCAAGUACUUGGAACUGUUUAUACCCCGAAUGAAUAAACUUGUAUCGAAACAACCGGUGAUGGUGGUGAUGAUAGUGACCGCAAAGCGAAGGCGUCUCUUAAAAAGUGAAUGCCACGACAGCAAAGGUUUUUUGCCGUUCUUGUCGUCGUCGUCGUCGUUGCUUAAUUAAGCUUCGUAAUUAUUUAUUGUUGUUGUUGAUGAUGUUUUAAUUUUCUGAUAUGGAGAAACGCAAGUCGCUCAAAAUGGUGGUAUCAGAAUACUCUGGAACUAAAUGUGCAAUGUUUUGCUUGGGAAGGGAAAUGCGUUCUGUUUCAGUGCGAUCAACUGUUGCGAAGCUUCGACAAUUAACAGUUCGAAAAAUCGUCCUUCCUCUGUUUGCCAUACUAAGUUUUGAAAUCUUUUCAUUUUUUGUCAGUUCCCGCUCGCAUGACAGACCAACUGCAGGACCACGCCCAAACUCAACAACAAGUUAUGGCACGGGUGCAGUUGAACACGGAGAUGCUCCAGCAAAUACAGCAGAUUCGACAGCUCCAGCGUAUGCAACAGGUACAGGAAAUUGAAGACCACAUUCGACAGGUCAGGCAACAGAGACAAAUGUACCAGCAACAACGAGACGCUUUGCUGCAGCAACACCAUCAACGUCAGCAGGAGGAGCUUCGCCGACAAAACCAGCUGCGAUUCAUCCAACAUAUGACCCAGUCGCAGCCUGACCAGCGUUUUCAACUGGGGCAGAAUACCAUCAAUGUACAGACGCAGCUUCCGUCAGGCGCCGCUGCUGCCCCGAAUCCCACUCCGCCCCAGCCCCUCUUGCGCUUUCACGUUCCCGCCAACAUACGCCUGCCUGAUGGAGUUGUCCGUCCAGGGCAUCCACCCACCAUAAACGCGCGUCUUGGACCGCGGCUAAGUGCCAUCGUUGGAGCAUUGCCUAACACCGAUACACAGAUUACUCUGCCACCGCAGAGUGCGAUUCAGAAAUAACAACGUGGUGCC